CCAAAAGUUUUCCGAUCUCGCAGCAAUGGUACAGGCCUGCAACCAAAGACAGAGAGAGAGAUAAUUGAUGAAGUUAAAAUUCAUAUUUGCGUUAUUAGGACGUUAUUUUUCUAAUCAAAUGCCUUAUUAUGCAGUUGCCAAAGGUCGUAAACCUGGUAUUUAUACCACCUGGGAUGAAUGUAAUUUCCAAGUUAAUAAAUUUCCUGGGUCAAUAUACAAGAAAUUUGCAACCGAAAAUGAGGCGCAAAACUUUAUAAAAGAGCGUUCUUCUUUAAAUAUACGACUAAAUUAUACUGAAACAGGAACUGCCCAAUCCACUAAGUUGCAUACCUUACCGAAACAACUAUCUCUACUUGGAAAAAGACAAGCUGCAGUAACAAAAACAGAUGUACUAUUACCAUUAUUAUCUUCAAAAAGGACUUUAUCAUCAACAGGGUUAUCAACAAACAAUGAUGUUAAUGAUGAAUUUCCUAUAUAUUUAAAUAAAAGAAGAAAAAUUUCAAACUCUGAAUCUAAUCUAUUUACGAAACAGAACAACACUGGUAAAAUUGAUUUCAUCAUAGAUGAGGAUGGCUAUGUGAAUGUCUUCACAGAUGGUGCAUGCAGCUCUAAUGGUUACAAAAAUGCAAGAGCCGGUAUUGGUGUCUGGUUCCAAGAUCAUCAUCCUUUGAAUAUAUCUCAACCAGUGGAAGGACGACCUACUAAUAAUAUGGCAGAGAUCCAGGCAGUUACAGUGGCUGCUAGACAAGCAAAGAAAGCUGGGAUAAAAAAAUUAAGGAUUAAUACAGAUUCAAAAUUCAUCAUCUCAUGCAUCACAAAUUGGAUGCCCAAAUGGAAAAGGACAGGUUGGAAGACGAUCGGCAACAAGCCGGUUAUAAAUAAAACCGAGUUGUUGGAAAUGGAAAAGGAACUGGAAUCAUUAACUGUCACUUGGAAUAUAAGAGAAAUAACGUUUUUUGACUUCUUGGAUACGAUAAAACUACUAAGAAGUUUGUGGUUGUGGUUUUUGGACACAUCAUCAGUGUCAUCAUUGAUCACAAGAUCAGCUUGAAAAUAGAACAAGAACAUGAUGUAUAUUUAUAAAAAUUUUAUCAAUUUAUGAAACACGAAGCAUAUCCAUAUAAAGUUAGGAGGAAUGGAUAGGAGGGGUACUUGGUGUGAGUGUAGUGUAUAUGUGCAUGUAAAGGGGGAUUUAAGUAACUGUGUGUGUGGGUGGGUGGAGGCUCGGGUUAGCAAUUACAUAAAAUCGGAUUAAAGAGAUAUGACUAGAAAUGUAUCCAAUGAAACAGAAGAUAUAUAUGUAGAGAAGGUGUAUAAAGAUUUAUAUGUCCGUGUAUAUGUAUGAAUGUGUGAGACUAAAGAAAGGAGUGAGAUAGAUUUAAUUAAGUCAGAAUAGUAGAGCUCUCUUUCAAGCCUUUAAAUCUUUUAAAAUUGCUACACAACAGUUUAGAUAGUGAAAAAUUAAACAAGUUCAGUUUUAUUAUUAUUCAGCAAUAUUUAGCAAAAAAAGUUAAGGAUUUGAGGAAGCUCUAUUAAUCCAAUCUAAUUAAAUCUAACUCCCCACUCUGGCCAAUACAUACAAUCAUUUCUCCCACAAAUAGACUUAACCCUCUUUAUCUCUCCUCUUUAAAUACAAAUAUGCCUUUUGUUCAACUAGAUGUAUUUUUAUGGUAAACUCUAAUCUAACUUUAUGUAAUUUACCCAGACUCUCCACACCUAUCCAUCCCAUGAAUGUUUUUAUACUCCAUAAGUCAACUCUAUCAAAUUUUUAUGAAUACAUCAUGUUCUUGCUCGAUUUUCAAGCCAAUCUCUAAAUACUAUAAAUUUUGUUAGUAACUUUUGUAUUCAGGAGAUCAAAAUUAAAAAAAAAAAAAUUAUAUUUCUUAUUUUUGGACAUAAAAAUUAUAUUUUUGGACAAUUGACCUUUUUUUAACAUU